AUGUCUAAAGACUUUUCCCCUUUGGCCGGGGAGAUCAUCAUGGACAACCUGCAGACCCUGAGGUGGACACCACAAGAGCAGAACUGUGGAUCACCAGAGCGAACAAAGCCCCCAAGUGGGUGGCCCCAGAGAUGCUAUCAGGAGAAGACUGGCUCCAACACCACAGCUCGCACAGUGGAAGGAUGCAGGAAGAACCCCACGGAAUUUCCACUGCUUAAAAGAAAAAGUGAUAUCGUGAUAAAAAUGGAAAACUCUCCACAGAGAGGUUCUCUGACAUCUAAACUGGCUUCUCCAGGGAUGAGGUUUUUCCACUCUGCCGUCCAAUCAGAGUGGUGCAGGUAUUAUGCUGAAGGCCAACAGUAUUUUGUUCAAGUCUCAGCUUACAACAUGAAAGGAUGGGGACCAGCUCAGACCACAACUCCAGCCUGUGCCUCGCCCUCUAACUGGAAAGACUAUGACGACAGAGAGCCCAGACACAAGGGACAGAGCGAAGUUCUGGAGAGCCUACUGCAGCAGGUCCGAGCCCUUCAUCAGCGUUACAGCUGCCGGGAAAGUUCAAAGUUGCAAACCAUGGGCCGCAAGCAGUCAGUAUCAAGAAGCCUAAAGCACCUAUCCCAUUCCUCAAACAAGUUUGUGAAGACCUUGAAAUGGUGGGUCUUUAUAGCCGUUAUAUUUUAUUAUAAAGACAGUAUGUUAGUCAGCAAUGAAGAUCAAAUACCAAUUGUUGAACUAGAUGACUCUCACACCAGCUCUAUUACAGAAGAUUUUCUCUGGUUCACGAAGCUGUCUUGUAUGUGGGAAGACAUCAGGUGGCUAAGGCAAAGCGUGCCCAUCUCUAUGUCCUCAUCCAUGGUGCUGCAGACUUGGCAGAAGAUGCUCGCUGCCACAGCCCAGCUACAGAAUUUACUUGGAACGCACAACUUGGGAAGACUCUACUAUGAGCCCAUUAAAGAUCGCCAUGGCAACAUCCUCAUUGUCACCAUCAGGGAAGUGGAGAUGCUUUAUUCCUUUUUUAAUGGCAAGUGGAUGCAGAUAUCAAAACUGCAAAGCCAGAGAAAGUCUCUGUCAACACCUGAGGAGCCAACCGCCUUAGAUAUCUUGCUAAUAACCAUCCAGGACCUCCUCUCCUACCACAAGAGGAGUCAUCAGCGCCUCUCUCCUGGGCUGGAUCUAGGAUACCUAAAGCUAUGCAGUUCUGUGGAUCAGAUCAAAGUGCUUGUAACCCAAAAGUUAUCCAACAUUCUCAGCCACGUGAAGAUCCGCGAGAACAGCAACAUCUCCAAAGAGGAGUGGGAAUGGAUCCAAAAGAUUUCUGGCUCCAAAUCUAUGGAAAGUGUGGAUCAUAAUGCUGACUGCCCCAUGCAAUUGUUCUUCUAUGAGCUCCAGAUGGCAGUUAAGGCUCUCCUGAAGCACAUCAAUAUACCUCCACACCAGGCAAGGAACUUCCGCCUCUACACACAGGAGGUGUUGGAAAUGGGUCACAAUGUGUCCUUUCUUCUCCUGCUCCCUGCCUCAGACGACGUCUGUACAGCCCCAGGACAGAAUAAUCCUUACAGCCCGCACUCAGGGUUUCUUAACCUCCCUCUUCAGAUGUUUGAACUUGGUAUAGUAGCUUGUUUCACCUAG